ACACACGAGAAGAGGAAUGCAAAGAACGCUGGUCAAAGCUGCGCAAUUGCUUCACGAACGCGUUGAAACGACGCCGCUUCAAACGCGGCAGCACGGGACGCCCGAUGCCGCCCUGGAAGUACGAGAGUCAGAUGUCGUUCCUGCUGCUCUACAUGCAGGGCAAGGCCAUCUCGGGCGACUUCUAUGACGUCGACGCCUACAAGGACGAUGUCGAGGUGGAUCUGAUGACGGCGACGCCGGCUGUCGAGCUUGGCAACGGCAGCAGUUCGCCCAGCUAUGUCGUGAUGCGGUCGCCGACACCCGAGGACAGUAUCGCCUCCAACCAUCUCAACGGCGGUGUUGACACUGUCUACAGGCGGAUGCACCAUACAAAGCAUUCUACAAACGGUGUCUACCAUCCACCAGAAUUGGAUGAAAAUGACCACUUUUUCCUGAGCAUGAGCAAAUCACUGAAGAGGCUGCCAGCCAUCAGCCAAGCUCGAAUCAAAAUGGACUUGCACCGUGCCAUAUACCAAGCAGAAAUGAGUCUUCUGGAAAAUCUGGAACAGCAAGACUCAAUGUCCUGUUCCCCUUCGGUUAAUAUUAAAAGAGAAUAGCAUAAGCUUUGUUACGUCAUAUUAUCAUAUUUUUUUGUACUUCUCAACAUAAGUGCCUCUUAUUCUUGUAAAUUUGUGUAAUCUUGUAAAUUUUUAUUAAGACAUUUUUUACACUUUGUAA